GUCUAAACGCUCUCAUACCGAAAUGGCCAGCGCAACAGCUCCGGGCGUUUCAUCGCCUUUUAUACCAAUGUUCGAGCAGUUCCGAGCAGAGCUUGACGAACAUCACGAUCGCCGCGAAAGAAUCAACAAAGCAUCUCGCGACAUCACCGCAGCAUCCAAGAAGAUCAUCUUCACGCUACAACGGGUCCGCACAUUAAAUGCACCUUUACCGCCACCAGUCAUCACAGGCAACGAACCUUACCGCAAGAAUAUCCAAACGCAGUUCACCAGCGUGUGCAAUGAUCUACAAGGGCUCAAUGCUCAUCGCUAUUCUCGACAGAUCACUGGCGGUAAUCAAGAAUGGAUGGAAGCUGUAUCUUUCGAACAUUACCUGACCACAGCAACCCUCAUCACAUACGAAAGUGCUGCUAGGAAGCUCUCUGAACUGACUGCUCCGUCCAUGAACCUGAGUGUAGAAGAUUACCUCCUCGGCAUCUUUGACAUGACAGGUGAAUUGAUGAAGUUUGCAAUCACGACCAUGGCGAUGAAUGGCGAGAUGCCCACCAUCGAUUCUGCGCAAGGUCAGGAGCAGAGAAGUAUCUUGAAUGAUAUGCGGUAUUUGCGAGCUGCGCUUGAGAAGUUAGACGUGAGUCGUUGGUCAUCGGGAAAGGAAGUCGACAAGAAAAUGGACGUUAUGAAGGCGAGUGUGGAGAAAGUGGAACGAGCGUUGUACGGACUGGUUGUACGUGGCGCCGAACGACCUAAUGGUGGCUGGUUGCCGGAUACAGAUGGUGGUGCUGGAAGGGCGAUUGACGUCGAAGGGUGAAUGCAGAGAAGCAGAUGUGAUGACAGACACCACUUGGACUUGGACCUGCUAUCAUGGAGCGAGUGUAGGCGAUUACCCCAGUGCUCGAGAUGGAUGAGCAGUAGAUCAUGAGAGAUACUCGUCAGAGAUGACUGUAAGUGAAUGUUCGUCGAACCGCUUGAACAGUGCAGUUGUACGGGUCGGCUGCUCAGGUUACACACUGCGGGCUUCAAGAGAGUAUUCUGUAGCCACGGAUCGAACGAGGCACGAGAGGAGUUCAUAACUGGCCAG